AUGUCGUACUUCAUUGCAGACAUGAACAGGAUUAAAAUGAACAUUCGGACAGGAAAGGAUCCCAUCUCAAUGCAAGUUUUCAACAAGGCGCUUAAGAGUAUAGCUGCCGGCGUCACCCUUGACACCAAUGAGGAUCCAGCCAAAAAUAUCAUUGGCAUUGUGCAGAGAUCCGUUGGCGUUUUUAAUUAUUUGAACUAUCCCGAGCUUCGUCCUCAUUUUGAUGCAGCACGGGCUGCCUUGCAAAAGGAAUUUGAAUAUGCCGACAAAUAUAUGCCGGAGCUGAAGGGUAUCCUCGCCAUUUGGAAGGAGUUUGAGCCUGCUUUCUAUGACCAAAUCGUGAAGCAUUCACAGAAUUUCCUUAAGACCAGAAUCGGCUUGGUUCACCAGAAGUUUCCUUUAGGUGGCAUCUCGGAUGAUAUCGUCUCAAAGGUGGUCUAUGAAGCAGAACAGCUGAAAAAGGCUGUCGACCAGAUCGCAUUCAAAUUGUGA